AUGUCACUAUUGUUGGAUAGGUGUCAGGGUUGGGUUGAUGACCAGCCAUCUAAUAGUAUAACUUACAGAGUCUCGUUAAAGUCCGUUCCAAUUACCGUGGAUGUUGGUGUGGCUGUUGGCAAUGAUGUUGUGCUGGUACUUGUUGGCAUUGAUGUUGUUGUACCAGUGGUGGGCAUUGAUGUUGUCGAUGUAGAUGUUGGCACCGAUGUGGUUCCUGUUGAUGGCAUCGAGGUUGUCGAGGUGCCUGUUGUACCAGUUGUUGCCGAGGUAGCUGUUGUUGGCAUCGAUGUUGUCGAGGUGCCUGUUGUACCAGUUGUUGUCGAGGUACCUGUUGUUGGCAUUGAUGUUGUGGAAGUACCUGUUGUGCCUGUUGUUGUGGAGGUACCUGUUGUUGGCAUCGAUGUCGUUGAUGUUCCAGAGUCUGUUGUACUUGUCGCAGUCGUUGGCAUCGAGGUCGUUGAGGUUGCUGAUGUACCAGAAGUAGUUGAUGUACCCGAAGUCGUACCAGAUGUAGUACCAGAUGUAGUCGAGGUACCAGUUGUCGUCGAGGUGCCAGAUGUCGUACCAGAUGUAGUCGAUGUGCCAGAUGUUGUUGUUGUGCCAGUGGUGGUGGUGGUGGAUGGGUCAGUUGUGGAACUAUCUGUCGUUGGGUCGAAUGUGGUAGUACCUGUGGUUGGAUUAGAGGUCGUGGUCGUGGGAUUGGAAGUCGUGGCCGACGUUGGAUUUGAGGUUGUAGUCGACGUUGUUGGGUUUGAAGUAGUAGUCGAUGUUGGACUGGUUGUUGAGGAACUUGAUGUAGUUGGAUUUGACGAUGUAGUCGAUGUUGGACUCGAUGAUGUUGUUGAUGUAGUUGUAGUCGUAGUUGAGCCAUCACAUGUGAUACCUCUUGAUCCACACAAGUUAUUGUUGUCAAAGCCAACACCGUACAAACUAGCUAUCCAGUUGACUGCCGUAACUGAUGUUUUGAAUAUGAAUGUGAGUUGA